UUCGCUGCCCCUGUCCUCCCAUUCCUCCACGCGCCCGGCUCCUCUAUAUAUCCGCGCCCCUCCCAAUUACCCAGUGUCCUCCCAGAUUCGGACCCCCAAUCGAAGCCACCGGCAUAAAAAAAGAUGGAGGGCGGUGAAGAAAGAGAAGUAGAGAAGAGAAGUCAGUUACCGGCGGCGAUGGAUGGCGGGUGCGGGGCGAUGACGGCGACGGUGUCGGCGAUGGACGUGGAGAAGACCGCCGGCGGCGACGAGGAGGAGGUAUCCCCGAUCGAGCAGGUGCGGCUGACGGUGCCGACGACGGACAACCCGACGCUCCCGGUGUGGACGUUCCGGAUGUGGUUCAUCGGGAUCCUGUCGUGCUCGCUGAUGUCGUUCCUGAACCAGUUCUUCUCCUACCGGACGGAGCCGCUCAUCAUCACCCAGAUCUCGAUCCAGGUGGCGUCGCUGCCGGUGGGGCACUUCCUGGCGAGGGUGCUGCCGGCGGCGAAGUUCCGGCUCCCGGGGUUCGGCGAUCGGCAGUUCAGCCUGAAUCCGGGGCCCUUCAACAUGAAGGAGCACGUGCUGAUUUCGAUCUUUGCGAACGCCGGGUAUGCCUUCGGGAACGGGCCGGCGUACGGCGUCGGGAUCGUGAACAUCAUCAGGGCCUUCUACAAGAGGACCAUCUCCUUCACCGCCGGCUGGAUUCUCAUCAUCACUACUCAGGUGUUGGGUUACGGGUGGGCGGGGCUGAUGAGGAAGUACGUGGUGGAGCCGGCGCACAUGUGGUGGCCGACCACACUCGUGCAGGUCUCUCUCUUCCGGGCGUUGCAUGAAAAGGAAGAUCGCCGCAUGACAAGAGCCAAAUUUUUUGUCAUUGCACUCGCUUGCAGCUUCGCAUGGUAUGCUGUUCCAGGGUACUUGUUCUCGACCGUCACCAGCAUGUCAUGGGUCUGCUGGGUGUUCUCCAAGUCCGUCACGGCCCAGCAGCUUGGAUCUGGCAUGCACGGCCUGGGCCUCGGCGCAUUCACCCUGGACUGGACAGUGGUGUCCUCCUUCCUGUUCAGCCCGCUCGUCUGCCCCUUCUUUGCCAUCGCCAAUGUAUUUAUUGGUUAUGCCUUCACGGUCUACAUUAUCACCCCGGUGGCCUAUUGGGGUCUGAACUUGUACAAUGCCCAGACAUUCCCCAUCUUCUCCUCAAAUUUGUUUACCUCUACCGGCCAACCAUAUGAUAUCACUUCUAUUGUGAAUGACAAGUUUGAAAUCGACAUGGAAGCCUAUGAGAAGCAUGGAAGGAUCAAUCUGAGUGUUUUCUUUGCCGUGACUUAUGGUCUUGGUUUCGCUACCAUUGCUUCUACAAUCACACAUGUCGCCCUUUUCUAUGGAAGGGAGAUUUAUGACCGUUUUCGUGCUUCAUAUAAUGGCAAGCCUGACAUUCACACCAAGUUAAUGAGGAAAUAUGAGGAUAUACCUGGGUGGUGGUUUCACUUGUUGCUAGUAUUGACAAUUGUAGUCUCUCUAAUCCUCUGCACUGUGCUAAAGGACGAAAUUCAGCUCCCAUGGUGGGGGCUCCUCUUUGCCUGCGGUAUGGCUUUCUUUUUCACUCUUCCGAUCAGCAUCAUAAGUGCAACUACAAACCAGACCCCAGGUCUCAACAUUAUUACAGAAUAUGUCAUUGGUCUGAUCUUACCGGGGAAGCCGAUUGCUAAUGUCUGCUUCAAAGUUUAUGGUUAUAUGAGCAUGUCUCAAGCUGUCUCUUUCCUCGCUGAUUUCAAGCUCGGCCAUUACAUGAAGAUUCCACCCAGAUCAAUGUUCCUAGUUCAGUUUAUUGGAACUAUCAUAGCAGGAACGAUCAACCUUGCUGUAGCAUGGUGGUUGCUGGGGUCCAUCACAAAUAUAUGCCAAUCUGACCUCCUUCCAGAAAACAGCCCCUGGACAUGCCCAAGUGAUAGAGUCUUCUUUGAUGCUUCAGUCAUCUGGGGUCUGGUUGGACCCAGGCGUAUCUUUGGGCCACUGGGCAACUAUGCAGCACUCAAUUGGUUCUUCGCUGUUGGAGCUUUGGGGCCCAUUAUCGUGUGGAUCUUCCAUAGGUUAUUCCCAAGCCAAACUUGGAUCCCCCUGAUAAAUCUCCCAGUGUUGUUUGGAGCCACAGCUUAUAUGCCUCCAGCCACAGCACUGAACUACACUGCUUGGGUUACAGUUGGAACUGUGUUCAACUUCUUCGUCUUCCGCUACCGAAAAAAAUGGUGGGAGAGGUACAACUACAUUCUCUCUGCUGCACUGGAUGCCGGCGUCGCAUUCAUGGGGGUACUCCUCUACUUCACGCUGAACUUGGAGAACACAAGUCUCAACUGGUGGGGAACUGGCGGGGAGCACUGUGACCUUGCUACUUGUCCCACUGCUAAAGGGGUGCGAGUCGAUGGCUGUCCCGUCUUCUAGUCCGCUAUUUCCUUUAUCCAUAAAUUUCCUGGUGAAAAUGUCUUGCUAUAGUUCAUUAUUGCAAUUCACGCCACUCAUGCUUACCUACUGGAAAGCAAGCUCAGAUCUUAUUAUUUUGGCUCCAAAGUGAAACUGCAACCGAAAGUAUGUAUAUAAUAUGUUUAAUAUUGGUUGCUUUUGGAUCGGUUUAAACUGGAUUGUAGUGUCGGCUUUUUAUCUACAAUGUUACGCACAUGCUCCUCAAAUUUCAGUUUUUAAUAGAA